AUGCCUUCGCUUACGUUGACUCUGUUGUGUUUCCUUCUCAGAGCACACUCGGUCGCGCUUUUGUGUGUUCAGGGUGCUGGAGAGCCGGACGACAUCGGCGUCUUGGAUUGCCUUCUCGAGGGGUACGAUGUUCUCCUGCGGCCGCAGAAUCUCACAGUGGUCGAUAUUUCACUCCUGGCGGACUCGUCCACGACCCCGGAUGAGACGAGUUUAGACUACAGAUUCACUCUGACCGUUGGCCAUCGAUACAUCGAUGAGCGGCUGCAGUUUGAGCCCAACAACGCCACGUCUCCCGCGCCUCUCAAUGCUUGGUACCACAUGAGACGCAUCUGGCGGCCGGCGCUCACCGUGCUCGAGAGUCGGAACGACCUCAGUUUCGACCCAGAGCACGCCGCUAUGAGAAUCUGGCCCUCUGGCUUGAUCGAACUCACCAGAUCACUGGUCGUCGAUAUGAGAUGCCGAACCAUAUACGAGUUAUUCCCCUUCGACAAGCCCGUUUGUAUAAUGACGUUCGUCGUGACCGGUUCCACCGGAAAUGAGGUCCAAUUACGCUGGUUAAAUCAAUACGAUGACCUAACUUCGAGUGAAACUGUUUAUUCAAAUACGUACCUUGAAGCAACGGGCCGCUCGGAUUGCCCACAGGAAGAGAUGGAUCAGUGCAACUACACCUGUCUGAAGGCACUCUUGCUGUUCGCGCGGGAGCGCACCGUUUACUGGGUGACCGUCUUCAUCCCGGGCUUCAUUUUGGUCACUUCUUCAUUCAUGACCUUCUGGCUCUCGCUGAAAGCACCUCAACCAAGGGUUAUGAUCGGAACGACAACUCGACUAAACUUCCUGGCCACGGCCAGGUCCUUCCGGAACAAGGUCCCUGCUUUUUACAACUUGGUCGCCAUGAAUAUUUGGGACUCGGUUGGUAUCAUCUUCAUUUACAUGAGUCUCUGUGAGUUCAUCUUAGCAGUAUACAUCGAUCGGCAUCCGCGUGCAAACGAAGAGGAGGACGCGCGGUACCUCGAAGCGAUUCGCAAGCCCGGCUACGUGUUGACCGCGAAGGAACGAUUCCUCCUCUACUUCAAAAGAUCCAACAAGCAGAUCGCCGCGGACAUCGAGUGGUUCUCGAGAAUCGUCAUACCAGGUCUAUAUUUUCUCUUCAUCAUCGGAUAUUUCGUCGCCUUCCAAGGACAUUACCACCAUGAGGUUGGCUUCACCUAUGGCGCCUUCGAGAAAACUAUCGACUUGUGA